AUGGGCGGCGUUAUUUCAUCUCCAAACAAUAGCACGGAUUCAGACGACUGCCUCAAGCUCGUCUUGUACACAUUGCCUAUCUUGAAGGAGCUCAUCAGUCACUUGGAGAAGAGUUUGGAUCCACGCGAUAGGCGAUAUGGGUAUUUAGGUAAUAUAUACACGGCCGCCACGGUACUGAAUGGCCAUCUUGGCGCUAUCAGAGAAGCCGAAAAGACACACUGGUUCGUAGGGCAGAUCGCAAGUUUGGCCGACUUACUUGAGGAAGUCUUUGACAAGGUUAUCGAUUUUGCACUACUUCAAAAGGAACAUGAAUCUCAUGACCCAUCAUGCAGGCACCCUCGGCUUCGGGCUAUGCAAAAGCUUGUCCCCAUGUCUGACAACUGGAAAGAAGGAUUAGCAAGAUUACACAUUAAUCCCAUCGAAAACCAAACCAUCGCAUGGGGCUCUCUACAAGAUGCCUUGGAGAGGCUGUCGGAUGAGCUUCAACGAUUCGGAGAUGAUGUCCCGAGCAUUGACAGACCACAACCACCCAUGACUUCCCUAGAACCAUCAGGUGAACUCGUUGCAUUUGCCGAUCGCGUCUUUUCCUCGGUGCACGUAACUUGUAACAGGUGUGGAGGUGCACCUCAGCGUGAAACUUACCAAUGCGUUUGCACCCUCCUAGAUACUCAUUCAAAAUCCAGAUCCGAAUUCUGGAGGCUGAACAUAAUUUUGGACCCUAUAGGUGAAGGUAUGCAGAGCCAUAAGCCUGAUGAGAGAAGACACAAGCGUGAAACAUUACAAGAAGAAGUGGAUCUCAACACUCUCAUAGCAUCUCAAGCCAAAAGAUGGACAGCAAUGGCAAAAUUCACUCUCAGUCUCACACUCUGCUACUCUCUCUUCCAUUUCUAUGGGGGAUCCUGGACGAAAGAACGAUGGAGCCGAAAGAAUAUCGUAUUCUUCGGGGACGGCACACAGUUCCCUUUGCGGCCCUUUUUAUCAUCUGAUCCUCAAAAGUUGGGUGGUCCACUAUAUGAUCCGGAUGGUUACCACAAGUAUCCCGAAUUCCUUGAGCUCGGCGUGACUCUGCUUGAGAUCCACCUUGGGCAAAAAUUGGAGUCGUACCUGGGGUACGAAGAGGACAUUACCAACUACGAUGAUCUCUGGUGCAAGGCUUUGGAACUAUUCAAGGAGUUGCGGCCCGACUUCAUUUCGACUGUAUAUCGGGAUGCAAUCCAAAAAUGUCUUAUGGCAAACUUUUCCAUCAGUGACACGUGUGAUGAGCGGAUGCUGCGAGAAUCGCUUUUCAACGAUAUCGUAAAGCCUCUUGAGACGGAAGUCGGGACGAUCUUUAAAGAGUUUUUGUCGAUGGAUGCUCUUGAUGAAGAAGCAGAAAGGAAAAUUAACCUUGGAUCAAAAGUACACAAUAUGUACCAUCGUCCUCACGCCGAAAUCACUAAAACACUCUCUCCUCAGCCGAACUACGAUGAUGUUUCCUCCCUGCUGGACAAGCAACACACAUCACCUCAGCCUCAAAAGGCCGUUCUUACUAUCUCUACAAUCCGAUCACGUCCAGCUUCCCGCGACGAUUUCGAAAUCGCAAUCGUCUGUGCGCUGCCGCUCGAAUAUGACGCCGUCUGUAUUCUCAUAGAUGAAUUUUGGGAUGAGGAUGGCGACCAGUAUGGAAAGGCUACGCGAGACCCAAACAUAUAUACAACUGGGAGGAUCGGCAAGCAUAACAUUGUUCUAGUACUAUUACCGGACAUGGGGAAAGUUGGUGCGGCCAGUGCAGCCGCAAGUCUUCGAUUGAGCUUUCCAGAACUGAAGCUUCUCCUGUUAACUGGUAUAUGUGGCGGGGUACCUGGUCCUGGAACUGCAAAAGAGCUUGUUCUUGGAGACGUCGUUCUGAGUACGUCCGUUUUUCAAUACGAUUUCGGGAGACGUCACGGCGAUAAGUUCGUGCCCAAAGAUACCUCAACAGACAGUCUUGGAAGGCCCAGCAAAGACAUCCGAAGUCUGCUCAAAAUUUGCGACACAAACCGCGGGAGAAGACAGCUUGAGAAGCAGGCAGCCUUCUACCUGGAGCAUAUACAGAACAGCGCCUCCACAGAGCACUCUAUAGAACAGUAUCUGUGUCCGGGAGCUGCAAAUGAUAAGCUAUUUGAGACUACCUACGUUCACAAACACAACGGUGAACCGCACUGUCUCUGCAGAAGUCCUCACGAGACUUGUGACAAGCGUCGGAUAAAGCAUAAGCUUCAGCUGGAACAACAAGGACGUCACAAGGAGGCUCAAGCACCUGCGAUACUUCUCGGAUCCAUAGGAUCGGGAGACACGGUGAUGAGGUCUAGUCAGGACCGCGAUCGAAUCGCUGAAGAACACGACCUUAUCGCAUUUGAGAUGGAGGGGGCGGGCGCUUGGGAUGAACUCCCUUGUAUUGUUGUGAAAGGCAUUUGCGACUAUGCUGAUAGCCACAAGAAUAAGAUGUGGCAGAACUUUGCUGCUGCUACGGCAGCAUCGGUUAUGAAAGCCCUUCUUGAGAAGUACACAUAG